UGGGAAGACCGCGCCAAAGCACAGACAGCGGCCACUCUCCGGGAUAAUAACACACCGCAGUGGCCCCUUUAAACUCACUGUACACUUUGUACUCUAAUGCUACACGUCUCCGUACGGACUUUCUCUUGAUUUACAAGGCGGCUUGUUUUUGUUGGGAAUACUUGACGUCGAGACCCAGGAGUCGGAAUUGAUGCCGGUUUUCGGGAAAUAGUGUGCGACUUAACGGUCGUGACACGACUUUCUCGUCGGGCACAGUGUGCGGCGGAGUUGGCGCACAGCUUGGACUGGAUUGCCCACACGGUCCGCAGCACCGUUUCUGAGCCUACUACUGUUCUUGCUUCUGGUGACUUUUUAGAACAAGCCGAACAGGACUCGUUUACGCCGGCAUCUAUCAGCUCGAAUAUGCUGCUGUCAAAGUUUGGUUCAUUUUCGCACAUUUGCACUCCCUCGAGUAUGGACCACCUACCAGUGAAGAUCCAGCUCCCGCCCGUCAAAGUGGAGAAGGAGCCUUUCGAGAAGGUUUACCAAGUGGGCUCGGUGCUCGGCAGCGGAGGAUUCGGGACGGUGUACGCCGGCAGCCGGAUUUCUGACGGCGCACCGGUUGCUGUGAAACAUGUCGCGAAGGAGCGAGUAACAGAGUGGGGCACAAUUAACGGAGCUAUGGUGCCGCUGGAAAUCCUGCUGCUGAAGAAGGUCAGCUCGUCUUUUCGGGGAGUUAUAAAGCUGCUGGACUAUUAUGAGCGUGCCGACGGCUGGCUCAUCGUUAUGGAGAGGCCGGAGCUCGUGAAGGACCUGUUCGACUUCAUCACCGAGAAGGGAGCCCUGGACGAAGACACGGCGCGGGGCUUUUUCUGCCAGGUUCUGGAGGCGGUCAGGCACUGCUACAGCUGCGGAGUAGUACACAGAGACAUCAAAGAUGAAAACCUGCUGGUGGACCUACGCACCGGGGAGCUCAAGCUUAUUGAUUUUGGCUCAGGGGCGAUUCUCAAGGACACGGUCUACACUGAUUUCGACGGUACAAGAGUCUACAGCCCGCCAGAGUGGAUCCGCUUCCACAGAUACCACGGCAGGUCGGCAACGGUGUGGUCGCUAGGCGUGCUGCUCUACGACAUGGUGUGCGGAGACAUCCCCUUCGAGCAAGACGAUGAGAUUCUCAAGGGGAGGCUUUACUUCAGGAGAAGGAUCUCAGCUGAGUGCCAGCAGCUGAUCAAAUGGUGCCUGGCUCUGCGGCCCUCCGACCGGCCCACUCUGGAGCAGAUCUGCGACCACCCCUGGAUGAGGAACACAGAGGAGUCGCCCAAGUCGCCAGAGGAGACCGCGGCGGGAGAAAUCCGCCUCAGAACCAUCGACACGGACUCUUCGUCAAGCACAAGCUCGAGCAAGGAAAGCCUCUGAGCGCGGCUCCGAUGGGACUCUGUGGACUUUGUGAAGAAAUAAAGGGUGAUGGGGGUGUGAGGGGGGGGGGGAUGAAAAGAGGGGACAGACACGGACUUCUGUCCACCCUGAACUGUCAUUGGCCAUGUGCUUCACUCAUCUGGCCCAGAGAGAAAACAAUAGGAAAUAA